AACCCAUCCCACACCCAGGUAGCCUAUUCUCUUGCGCCUCAACUAAUGGGACAAACACUGACAUCAGUCCCCGCACGUUCGCGCAUACGGUUACGCGCUUCCAGCCAGUGACUCUCCUCAUAAACCAAAUUGAAUCCCAACAAUCAACACACCGACCGUGAACGGACCCCAAACAGACGGAAUUUCAGUCCUGUGCGCUUUCACGGCCUACAUCUCUCAUCCCAUAUAAAACAAUUACCUUUGCAAUAAUAGUCAACCUCAACGGAUUAAGAAACGCGGGUGAGGCUCCUAAAGAGCCACUGCGGCUUGAGAGGGUAGCCCAAGAGGCUGACGAUUACUGCCAGGACUGAUGAGUACUGCUGUAGCACAGCAUCAGGGAUGGGGUGAAGGGGUGGCACUGUACUUAUAGGUGAUGGCUUCCUCUUGGUGUCUGCCUCUGGCUCUCCUGGUCUCCAAUCUGGUCAUUUCACACAGCACCGAGUCCCGCUCCACACACGCCAAGAGGAGAUUGGCACAGCCCUCACCAGGCAAUGGCAAUGCCCUUCAGUACCCUGAGCAGGGCUUCCACAGCCAUGGGCAUGGGAACGGCAGGGAGCGUGGAGGGGGGCAUGGGGGCCAAGGGGCCCACAGUGCCAAAGCCAAUACUGGGGCUGGGCUCCUCUCCCGCAGUCCCCUGCACCCCGCAGCUCGGCAUGAGGAUGAUGGGACGGGUCUGGAUGGCCUGAGCCCGGUGAGACUGGAGAUGGGCCCUGGGGGCAGGGAGAGGGAGAAUGGUCGCGGAGGCAUCAGGAAUCCAUCUCAUACUCGGGACAACCACCCUCUGGGGCCACACAAGGGAAAGGAACAGGGAAAUGGGCACCACUUUGAUCACAGGAGACAUGGAGGUCGGAGAGACAAGGGUCGGCACACUAAAGGGUUCCUCCCUGAGCCUGAGCUGGACUCUAGUCUGAAGGAGGGAUCUGUCUCCUCCACCAACUUUGGCUCCGGCUCCUCUGCGGUUACCACGGUGAUGAGCAAGCAUCCCCCAACUCUGCCCCCAGCCUCCACCAAACCCAAGAAGUCAGGCCGGGGGAAAGUGCAAGGAGAGGUGAUGCCCACUCUGGAUAUGACGCUGUUUGACUGGACGGACUACGAGGACAUGAAGCCAGUGGAUGCCUGGCCUUCUUCCAGGAAGAAAGACAAGCGGCGUAGUAAGAACCUAAGCAGUGGCAACUUGACGGUGGACGCUGAUGCCAUCGAGCCAUGUGACCACCACUUGGACUGCCUCCCAGGAUCCUGCUGUGACCUGAGACAGCACGAGUGCAAGCUUCACAACCGCGGCCUCAACAACAAGUGCUAUGAUGACUGUAUGUGUGAGGAAGGGUUCCGUUGCUAUGCCAAAUUCCACCGGAAGCUUCGUGUGACCAGGCGAAGGGGUCGUUGUGUGGUGCCAGAGUCAGCCAACAGAGACCAGGGGUCCUUCAUCACAGUGUGAGGGGUCACAGAGACACACCACACACUGAACAUGACCACUCUCUCUGACAUAAAAGACAGACAGUGUCUAGUGAUAGUUCAUUCAGAAUUUUCAUACUACUCAUCUGGUCUCCCUCACUUCAGUGCCACAGAAUCACGUACAUGUACACAUUAGUUCCAAAACAACAACACUGCAGUGUCUGAUUAACUGUGUCCUGAACAUAUGAAUGUGUUUUCUGAGAAUGGAUAGAUUGUCAAUGGCUUUUCUAAUGAUUCUGUCACACUACUAUUUAAAGGUAAUUAUUAUGAUAAGCAAAAAUGUUUUCCUUCUAUAUGUUUUAAUGUUUGUUUUAUUUAUACAAUACUUAUAACAGAACUCUGUGUCUAUUGUGUUUUUUCAACCUCAUUUUAUGUGAUUAAAUUCUUGUACAUUGAU